AUGAAGAAUAUUUCCGUCAUCGCAGCUUCUUUGUUGCUGACAUCCGCAGCCAUCGAAGGUCUUGUUGCUCCUCAAUCAUCACAUAGUGUACUUACUUCCUUACACGCCAAGUCCAAGGGUUUUGGAGCCGCCAAGGAGACUUCCAAACCAAAGUCCAAGCCUGCUGCUGACGAACAGCCAAGCAGUGCUGCAAAAGAAUUGAGUAAACCUUCCUCUCCCAAUGACAAUCCCUUUGCUGCUGCAGGGGCAGAGGCAGAACCAGAAAUGAACUCGGGUGCCAAGGCUUUGGAGAGAAUGCGCCGCCAAAAGGCAGAAGAACGCAAUGCUGAACUCCGCAAGAUCAAAGAACUCAAAGAUGUGGAAGCGUCCUUGCAAUCUAAAGAACAGGCUACUGCCAUUCCCGAAAAGGUGGCCCAACGUAUGGGAAGUCGAAUGCUUCCCUUUGUCGGAAUUCCCUUGUUUGGAAGCAUGGCAGCCUUUGUGGGCUUUUGGUACAUGGCGACCUAUCGGGAUAUGGAAUUUCAACCAGCUCUUGUGGCGGCUAGUACGAUUGUCUGUUUGGGCGUUGGACUCGUAGGUAUUACUUAUUCUAUCAUGAGCACUUCCUGGGAUGAAGAUCGAGAGGGAUCUUUCUUGGGUACCGAGGAAUUUAGCACGAAUCUGGAAAACAUCAAGAAGGGAUUGUCGAGAUCAAAAGAGAAUGCCAUGUUGAGAGAGAAAAUGUACGACUAUUCACCCGAUGAGAUUGAUAAUGUCGACAAGGUGGAUGCCGGAAAGGCGAAGCGCAAGCAAUCCUUUGGUGAUAAGUUGGGCGGUGGAAUGGAUUAG